GCCGUGACUGUGGACAGUUUAAUGCUUAAAUUGUUUGUUUUGCAUUAUUCAAGCUUUUAUACUUAAUUGAUGCACUUUCUGUUUGUCUCUCAAAUAUUUGUGUAAUUUACGAGUCUCUGUGUGCUGUGCUGCAGAUGUUUUAGCAGUUCUUCACGGAGGACUCGAGCCUCAAGAAUCUAUCAGAUCUGUAGGUGAUGCUAACCUGAUGUUUGAGUUCUUAUUGAGAGGACUGGAGAUUGACGUGGACGAUAACAUUGUCAUGCGGGAUCAAGAAAUAGCAUCUAUGCGACAAGGCCGAGCUUUUUUAUCUCUUAUAAAUGACAAUAUCCCAAAGACUGCGUCUGCAAUGGAGAAGUUACUGGCUGUGAUGGAGGAGCAGGCCAACUCUUUUAAUCAGGCCCAUUUUGAGACCCUCAUCCUCGGGAGCAUCUAUUCAGCUUAUCAGGCCCGGUUCCACAGGCUGGAGUCAGAGCAGCAGGCCUGGAGCAAUAUACUUGGACGUCUUGCGAACGUAACUUUAGUUCAGCUACGCAAGUCUUAACUAUCAAUAAACAUACAGCCGUUGAAGUAACUUUCUUUACCUGGUUUAUGACAUCACAGUUUAGUAUUGAUUUGAUUUUCUUCAACCUGUAACUCAGUGUUUCUCAACCACGUUCCUGGAGGACCACCAGCUUUGCACAU